GACACCACAUGCACGCGAGCACAGCCUGGAGCAACUACGCAAGCAGUUCUGUAUUCCUAAGCAUCUUUACUCCCCAAACAUUCCAGUCGCCCGCAACGCCUCAGUUAGGCAGUAUCAUCCAUCAUGCCCUUCGACGGCAAGGCUAUGCUGAAGGGAGGGUGGCAUCCUUCCAACGAUCGCGCAAUCAAGAAAGAAACAUGGAAAUCCGAUCUGAAAGGCAUCGCAACCGGGAAGAAGAAGGAUCCAUAUGAGCAGCAGCGAAAUCACACGUCGGCGCCGUUGACCAGUCUACGAGACCCGGACUCGUUCGGACCUCCGCCGAAAGCUCGGUCUCACUAUGAUCAGGAUGGCAGGCCGCUGAAUCCGAUUGAGGUGGAGCGGAAGAAGACGGGAGCUGCAGCAGGCUCGUCGCUCGCAGCUGGUAUACCGCAGAGCUUGUCGCAGAUUCCGACUGAGCAUCGCGGAGGCCUUGGCGCGCCAAUAGUGGAGACCGGAUACAAGGAGCGGCGGCAGAGGGAGAUGGAGGAGCGAGAGAGGAGGGAGCAAGAAGAGUUGAAUCGCGAAAGAGGGCCAUACAAGAAAGACACGACAGGAAUCGAUACAAGGAACUUUGCGCCGCCUCCAAGGCACUAUGCUGUUGGCGGUGGUGGAACGGCAGCCAUUGAAGCACCUAGACCUUCGCCCGCUCUACCGCCAAGAGUUCCUCCGAGACAGGCUACUCUUCCGCCAUCGCCUUCUCGUCAGACGACAGGAACGAUAGCGUCACAGAAUAGUGGCAGCAGCGGACCUCCGCCUUUUCUCCCGCCCAGACAGAAUGAGUAUCCCGAUGAACACACACCCGCGCCACCUCCAACUUAUGGUGAAGCAUUGAAUGCGCCUUCCCCUCCUGCGCAGCCUACAUCGAACAAGUUCGAGACCGCUGCAACGAAUGCUGCUACAAAAUUUGGCUCACAAGCUGCGACCUCUUGGAUGCAGCAGAGGCAGCAGCAGCAAACACAAGAUCCCGCUGCCAUUAAUCAAGGCGCUGCAGGCAGAUUGGCUGGUGCAGGUGUCUCUGUCCCUGGCUUUGGUAUCGGCCGAUCUAAUAAUGCAUCAGGACAACAGCUUCCUACUCCUUCGGCACAACAGGUGCAAAGCGCUGCGUCUUUCGCUUCCGGUGCUGCGGCACGCUUCGGCUCUCAACAUCAGCAAGGUCAGGGCCAAGGUGGCCAGCUCAACGAGUUGCAGCAGAGAUUUGCGAGGAUGGGCACUGGAGGCUCUGCCCAUUCUCCAGCAGGGCAAGAGAGUGGAGUCAUUUCUCCUGCCGCUGCUGCACAGAAGAAACCACCGCCUCCACCGCCGCCGAAGAAAGCAGGUCUGCAGUCAGGUCAGCCGCCGAAUGGAAGUGACAGCGGACAAGCUCCUCCGCCGGUUCCAAUGAGCAGUAAACCGAAAUGGUGAUCGCUCGCGACUUCUCAAGAGAAAUCAGUCCAGUCAGCCUGAUCACAGCUAAGGCAGUGCUCGACUGCUACACCACGCUCUGUGCCGCAGUCCUGCUCAGUGGGAUUAUCGCAACGACCUUCAGCUUUACGAAGAAUCGAAUCAACAAAGUCUCUGACACUGCACGUUCCAGCACAUCAGCACAGACGCAAGGAAUUUGCAGAGCCGCUCAUGCCAAGUCUACCAUCCCACCGCGAACCCAAAAUUCCAAUGUCAGACAUCAGCUCUUCCAACAACAAUGGCCUUCGAAGUCUCGAAUCUAAACUUCUACAGCAGGAUGGGCGUGUAUAUUGGGAGAAGUAUCAUCGUUGUCCACCAAUUGAGGUACACACCCCAUAAACACAAAUCGGGCGCG